AUGUCUGAGAACGAGUCUGCCUCCACGCCUUACACCGAGGAUGAUUUCUACUGUCCUAUCUGUCAAGAAGUGUUCAAGACGCCGGUUCGGGUCACGGCUUGUCAGCACGUCUUCUGCAGGAAAUGUUUCCUGACUGCAAUGAAGGAGAGCCGGCUCCAUUGCCCCCUGUGUCGUGGAAGUGUGACCAGAAGGGAAAGAGCGUGUCCGGAGAGGGCCCUGGACCUCGAGACAAUCAUGAGAAGUUUCCCAGGUAAUUGCCGAUGCUGUUCUGAACGCGUUGAACUCUAUCGCAUGAGACAACAUUACAAAACUUGCGAAAAGUACCAAGAUGAGUUCGGGACUUCUUCAACUGUUGCAAGCUUCCAACUGUCUCCAGAGUCCGUGAGCACCAGCAACAACGAGGCAUCCGCCUCAGAAAAUGCCGAGGCUUAUCAAGAAGAAGAAAACGCAAAUCCACCUGAUCAGCCUACCUUUGAUUGUCCUCUGUGUGAAGAAGUAAACAUGACCAGACAGAGUUUGCUGGAUCACUGCAACAACCACCACAGAGCUCAUAUUGUUCCGGUCAUUUGCCCGAUUUGCCUCUCUCUUCCAUGGGGCAACCCUACUCAACUUACCAGAAAUUUCGUUAGUCAUCUAAACCAGAGGCAUCAGUUUGAUUAUGGAGAUUUCGUGAAUCUUCAACUGGAUGAGGAAACUCAGUUCCAGAUUGCUAUUGAGGAGUCUUUCAACGUCUAG